AUGGGUCAAGGGUCGGUGUCAUGGGCUCGUGUGCUCUUGUUUGGACUUCUUGCCCCCCUUUCCGCCGCCGAUUCUUCCGACGGUCUAGCAUACGAAGCCAUCGACAAGAACCCUAUCUUUACCAGCAACUCGACCCAGCACGCUGCCCGAACUCCACUUAUUAACGGAUGGUGGGACUCGAAAAUAUGCUCCGGUGACUUCUGUGUCUUUACCAACCGGCGUCUCGGCAAAGGGCGCGGCCUUGUGGCUGUGACGAAGCUAGAAGAAGCCCAAAAGCUCGAGCAACUCGAAAACCACUUCAACAACGGCGAAAACAAAUACUUUGACGACCCCGCCCCCUUCACCACGACCGAUAUCCCGUACAAAGGUCCCAGCAUCACUGCGACCAAAACCAUUCGCCGCGGUAAACCGCUCAUGGUCUGGUCGCCCGUCCUGCUAGUCCACAAGGCCCUCUUCAACCAAGUCCCCAAAAAGAAAGAACGCACCCGCCUCCUCGAAACAGCCGUCUCCUACCUCCCCGACGCGACCCGCGCCAUCUUCAACCGCCAGCGCAUCCGCCCGGGGGAUGACACAGCCCACUCCCACCCUCGCUCGAUCGAAGAUAUCCUCCUAGCACACCCGUUCGAGAUCGACCUAGGGCAUGUCAACUGGCAGCGUGUCAACGACAACGACAACGAUGUAGAUGCGCAUUCGAAACACUACGUCAACUACCCGGAGGUGUCGGCCAUGCAGCACGACUGCCGGCCGAAUGUCGCGACGCACUUGGAUAAUUCCUUUUCGCUGCGUGCGACUGUGGCGCGCCGCGUGCAGCAGGGUGAGGAGUUGACGGUUAGUUAUAUUGAUCCGUUUCUGCCGCGGGAAGAGCGUACGGCGUGGGUGAAGCGGUAUCGUGGAUAUGGUGUGCCUGGUGGGGAGGAGGGUGGUGUGCAUAAUGGGUGUCCUUGUAAGGCGUGUACUCUGGAUGGAGCAAGCAAGGGGGAGAAGGUGGUGGCUGGGGAUGAGCGGUUGGAGGAGAUUCUCAAGCUGCGGGCGAUCUUGCGGAAUCAUGAUAGCAGGAACGUGGAUUUCCCAAUGAUCGAGAGAUUCGUGAAGCUGUGCGAGGAGGAGCGGCUGCACAUACGGUUUGCUGAGAUGUAUGAGUUGGCGGCGCUCAAUUUUAACUAUCUGGGGGAUGACAAGCGAGCGAAGAAGUAUGCCGAGUACGCGGUGCAGGCGGGUAUUGUUGAGGGUGGGUUGGAUUCCAACGAUGCCAUUGCCAUGCGCGUCAUGGCAAAGGAUGUUAAGGGUCAUUAUUCGUAUCGGUUUACGUUGAAGAGGAGGGGCGAGUAG